CCGCCUUUGGACGCGUGUGUCCGAGUCGCCCAGCCGCACCAGUCUAUCCGUAAUCUUGGCCCGUAAUCUCGCCAUCUCGCAUCAAGGAACCAGCCUCCGCGAAACCGAAAAAUCACAACAAGCGCCGGCGGCUUAAUUCUGUUGUUCGUCGUUAGUCUUGCGGGGCGAUUGGUGUUUCUGUCUGUUUUUUUUUUUUCGGGAAGUAUUCGAUGUCAUCUAUAAUUAAACGUGUUCCCGAGUCCCCGACAGUGUGUCAUACCGCGAUCGUGCGUGUGUGCUAAGUAAUGCAAACAAAUAAAUGAUAAUGAUAAAAAGGCGAUAAACGUUUAAAGCUCUGAGCAAGAAAAGAGGUGCAAAAAAGCAAAAAGAAAACCCCAUAUUCGUUUAAUUGCGCAUCGCACGGCGAGGAGAGAGAAAGUGCCCGUGGAGUGCCAGAGUUCAGGAGCGGAGACGCCUCGCUGACAGGUUCCUGCUGUCAUCCAUAUUGCACCACCCGGCUCCGGGCACAUGGCAGACGACGAUUUGAGGGCCCUGGUCGACAGCCUGGACGACGCCUCGCAGGAGGACCUGGCCAAGGUCAUCGCCAACUUCUCGGUGGACAUGCUGCAGCGGGCCAGCGCCCUAAUUGGCGCCCAACAGGGGAGCAGUGGGGGGCAGCUGCGCAACCGCACGCAGGAGUGUCUGCAGCAGCAGCAGCGGGAGGACCUGGAGGCGGAGGCCCUGGCCGCUGGUGGCAAGCGGAUUUUACAAUGUCCCAGCUCGUUCGAUUCGGUGCUGUGCUGGCCGCGCACAAAUGCCGGCAGCCUGGCUGUUCUGCCCUGCAUCGAGGAAUUCAAGGGCAUUCACUACGACACCACAGAUAAUGCUACUCGCUUUUGUUUUCCGAACGGAACCUGGGAUCACUACUCGGACUACGACCGCUGUCAUCAGAACUCGGGUUCCAUACCCCUGGUACCGGACUUCUCGCCCAACGUCGAACUGCCGGCCAUCAUAUAUGCCUGUGGUUACUUCCUCAGCUUCGCCACCUUGGUGGUGGCCCUCAUCAUAUUCCUCAGCUUUAAAGAUCUGCGUUGCCUGCGAAACACCAUUCAUGCGAAUCUGUUCCUCACCUACAUCACCUCAGCCCUCCUGUGGAUACUCACAUUGUUCCUCCAAGUGAUCACCACAGAGUCCAGUCAGGCUGGCUGCAUAACGCUCGUCAUCAUGUUCCAAUACUUUUACCUAACCAACUUUUUCUGGAUGUUUGUGGAGGGCCUCUAUCUGUACACGCUGGUGGUGCAAACAUUCUCCAGCGAUAAUAUUAGCUUUAUUAUAUACGCCCUGAUAGGCUGGGGCUGUCCAGCCUUAUGCAUUUUGGUGUGGUCCAUAGCCAAGGCGUUUGCCCCGCACCUCGAAAAUGAGCACUUCAAUGGGCUGGAAAUCGAUUGCACAUGGAUGCGUGAAUCUCAUAUCGACUGGAUAUUCAAGGUACCUGCCUCACUGGCUCUGCUGGUUAAUCUAGUGUUCCUCAUACGCAUCAUGUGGGUGCUCAUAACCAAACUGCGUUCUGCCCACACACUGGAAACGCGACAGUAUUAUAAGGCCUCUAAGGCGCUACUUGUGCUCAUACCGCUUUUUGGGAUCACCUAUCUGCUGGUGCUCACCGGCCCGGAACAGGGCAUCAGCCGUAAUCUCUUCGAGGCCAUAAGAGCCUUCCUGCUCAGCACGCAGGGCUUCUUUGUGGCUCUGUUCUACUGCUUCCUAAACUCUGAGGUUCGUCAGACGCUGAGGCAUCGAUUCACACGGUGGCGCGAGAGCAGGAACAUCCACCGCAACAGCUCCAUCAAGAAUCGCAGGCAUCGCGCCUCAAAAGACUACUCGCUGCGAUCGCGAACCGAAAGUCUACGCACGGAGGAAUGUGUGAUCUGCCUGCGCCCUUCGCCACACACGCGAUUGGGAUCUCUGCAACGCUACCACAGCAUCGAUAUUACAGACUUUGUCUAGGCCUCUCGGUUUCUGAUGGGAAUUUGUUUAAUUCAUUUCAUCUGGCUUGAUCCGCUACUCAAACUGCCUAAAGAAAAAAGUCUUCGCUGUCGUAGGUUCGAUAAAGUCGGUACCUAUCCUUGUUUAUGACUAUAUUGACUGGCAGGCACAAAAUGGAGAAGAUGUAAAUCAAUGUCAGACAGUCAUCAAAUGGAACUAAAAAGAACAUUGAACAGCUUCAGAUUUCCGUUGAUUUACGGAUCAGCUUAAGAUAAUUUUCCCAAUACUGGUAAGAAAGUGUGCCAGCAGCGUUAGCUUCUUAAUAUUUAACGGCGUGGUCAUCUCAUGCAGAUUUGUACGACCUUCUGAAAGCAAAGAACGUAUAAAAGCGGUAGCCCACUGCAUAAAAACUCACCAUCAAAAAAGAACCCAC